AUGAAUGGUUUGGGAAUAUAAAACAACUAACAUCAGUGACAUUGUGUUAACAAUGGAGAAAAAUGGGUAACGCUUUAGAUUACAACCCGCAAAGAACUACGUAAGUAAACUGAAUUUACGGUGUAUGUUUCUGUAAUUACAGUGUACCUAUAAAGAACGUGCAUGUAGGUAUACGGGAACAAUAUGUUAUAUUUGGGUAAUAAGGGGAUAACAAACCAGAUAUACAACCUGCAAAGAACUGCGUAAGUAAAUUAAAGUUACGGUGAAUGUUUCGUAUUUAUAUUGUACCUACGUGUAAGUAUAAGGAAACAAUAUGUUACGUUUGGGUAAUAACGGGGUAGCAAACAGAUAUCCUACAAAUAAUUUAUAAUGGAUUAAUUUAAAAAACUUAACAGGUACCUGUUCUAUUUAAUCGUAUCGUUUGGUGUAUCUAUACGUAAGCUUUUUAAAAUUACUGGGAAAAUAUACUCUUCCCAGAUAGCAAGAACGUUUGGGCCAAAUGUGGCCGAUAGCUGGCACAUAUGGCUUACAUGGCAUGGCUGAACAGAUAUGGGCCAGAUUGUUACCGUAUAUGUUUUGCCAUAAGUUUAAAAUUUACAGGAAAUCAUUGCUUGGUUCACAGCUCCUUUUGAGGUAUAUGGUCCAGAUAACAACAAACACAUUAGAACCAAGUAAGGUUUAGCUAUGGCUGACAUUGGUGAACAUCGACUUCUGGCUAACAUUUGGAUUACACUUGGAAAACACAUCAAGUUUGGCUGAUGUCCGGCAGGCCACACCUCGGUUGCUAUGACGACCGCGUCAAUUUGACCGAAAGGCAGCAAUUCCCUCACGGAUUUUCCGUCACACAAGUGCUUCAGAAUGCGAGUAAGAUGGCACCAACAACAGCAGCAGAAAGGCAAAGGAAGUAUCGGGAACGCCUUAAAGCUGAUCCUGAAAGAAGGGAGAGAUACCUGCAGAGUGAGCGUGAGAGAUGGAGAAAGAAUGUAGAGGCAGGGAAGAAGAAAGCAAUUAAUGAACUGAGUAAAAGAGAACAGUGUAAGAAAAGAAAAAUGUGGAGAGCAGCUUACCAUAGGAGCAAGGAGAGGAAAGAAGUGCUCAAGAACUUGAGCACUCCUCCACAAAGUCCUGAUCAGGGAGAUCACCCAGAGCAGCCUUCACAGCCAAGAUCUUCAAGGUUAGGGCAAUAGGUAGUUAACAGUGUUAUGGUGAAAAUGUCAUUUUAUGCCAUUUUUCACAAUGUCAUUUUAGAAACAGGGAGGGCAGGAGGAAAAAGGCAUAACUUUCCACACCCAAAUCAACUUUUAUUGUUUUGUUUUGUAGGCAACGUCUGGUGGCUCGGAAAAAGUACAGAAGAGAAAAAAAUAUGCUCAAGAGGCAAAUAGCGGAACUCCAGGAAAAACUUGAAAAAGAAAGAAAAAGCAAAGAAAAAUACAAAAAAAGGUGCCAACGUUCAAAGAAAUCUUCGGAUUCACCACAGUCGAAAAUAACACAACUCACUUCAAAUUGCCCCGUUAACCCCCAAAAAAAAAAAACCUUACUUUUCCAUGAAUCACUCAUUCAAGAUAUUAAAAAUAAAUACAAAAAAGCCACCAAGGACAGAGAAAGGCAGCUGAUUGCCAAAGUCACAACAGGGAGAAUUAUAAAAAAAAUACAGGUUGCAAAAGUUUGCAAGUGACUCCCUCGGAUUUUCAAACAAGAAUUUUAGACAUCAUGACAGUCUUCAUUUUGAAAGAAAGAGGACCAGCAGGUUCACUGAAACUUCAAAAAAAAGAAUCAAGGCAUUCUAUCUCAGGGAUGAUGUGAGUAGAAUGACCACAGGAACCAAACAAACACUCACAAAGAACAAAUUAAAAAUGCAGAAGAGAUUCCUGAUGGACACGAUAGAAAAUAUCCACAGAAGAUUUUUGGCAGAAAACCCAGACCAGAUGAUAUCCUAUUCCCUUUUCUGUCAUCUUCGCCCCUUUUGGGUUGUGAAUCCAACACUCUCUGAACGUGACACAUGCAUGUGUAAGUUGCAUGAAAAUCUCAGCUUUCUGGCAGUGAAGCUCUGUCAGUUGAAACUCAUUGAGACUGCCAACAUUGAAGAGUUGAUAGAGAAGGUUUGCUGCAACUCAUCCAGCAAGAGUUGCAUGUAUGGAGAGUGUGUCCAUUGCAAGGACAAAACUGUCCACAUCACAAGUGCAUACAACAGCACAGCAAACACAUCAUUUACCCAGUGGGUAAUAGAGGACAAGGAGAUAGACAAAAAGGGAGAAAAGAAGAAGAAUUAUUCAGGGCCUUGUCUGAAACAAACACAAGUGUGAAACUGUUCUUUGUGAAAAGUGAAGAUGUUGAGGAAGCAAUGGAGAAAAUGCCACAGCAGAUACCAGCUGUUCCUGGAACCAUGAGAAUUCACCAGGUCAUUACUGUUGCUCCAGGAGAACUGAUGGUUCGUGAUGUAAGCUGCAUGUGCACAACACGGAAGCAGUUUAACUGCAAGUGCUUCAACACCCAGUGUUUCACUUUUGGCCAGAAGAUAGAAACGGCUGUAUCACAGACAGCCAGUGGGGGGAAUCCAGAAAAAGAAAUCCAGUGGGAAAGUCCAGAGCUGAUUGGUAAAUGGUGUAUUCUCAGAUAUGACGAUGAUUUGUAUCCAGGCAUCAUUCUAAACAUACAAACAACAGCCAGAAGAAUCAAACCGAUUCUUCUGGCCGCAUCAGGAUGAUAUCCUCUGGUACCUGUUUGAUGAUGUCCUUGAACUCAUUCCACCCCCACAGAGUGUGACAAAGUGCCAUGUGGAAGUCUUGAAAGAGGUGUGGAACCGACUCACAAGAUGAAUUCAUGAAACAAAAGGCACAUUCAUGCAUAUAUACAGACACACACACACACUGAUGCAGGCACACACAUGCAAAAACACUCUGACAUGGACUCAGACGCAGGCGCUGAUACAGACAGACACACUGAAAUCGUUAACUGAUUAUUAUUGUUAUUAGUUCAACCAGUUCAUCAAGUUUGUAUGUUAUCGGAGCAAGGAUGAGGUGACUUUUAGCACACCUCAUGAGGCGCUCUUAUGCCUAGACACACACACACCCACCCACCCUCACAUACACACACACACACACAUUAUGUUACA